GCAUGCACCACCGCUAACCCACCCUCCCACCAUUCACCACCCCACAUGACCCCAAUUUUUAAUUUCAACCGCAUAUUUAUUUUCCCACACUCCACAUAAUCACAAAGGCUUUUUACGCCGGCUAACCAUUCGAGCCAUUCUUCUUCGAGAGGAAGAAACAUCCGUGCCAAUUAUUAAGAAAAAAAUUGGAUACGCGUCCACCAAGUAGGCGUUGUCAUAUCUUGUAGUUUAAAUCCCAAAAGUCUUAUGCCGAAUCCCCCGAAUAUCUAUAUUGAAAGUUGAGAGCAUCUGGUGUUCCCUGCGAGCGUUGUGAUGUCGGCCGUAGAUCCUGCCCCACGGACAAGACGACGGGCAGCUCAUGCAUGCGAUGUUUGCCGAUUGAGAAAAAUCAGAUGCGAUGGGCACAAUCCAUGUGCUACAUGCAUAGCGACGGAUCAGGAUUGUUCGUAUGGGAUUGAUGUGAAUCCUCGAGGCAAGAAUGACUCGAUUUUGGAGGGCGUCCUCCGUAUCGAAAGAUAUCUACAAGAUAUGAAUGCAAUGAUGGCUGCUUCGCCUGCUUUUAUGAAUCAUCAUGUCGCCAAUGAUCACAAUACGGGCUCGCCUCAAACGGCGUACUCAGGAGGGGCAACCAUUGCAUCACCAUUACCACAACCGACAGCUAGACCUCGUCAUCUAUCCUUUCAUGAUGAACAAAGUGUCCACAAUGCUGUUUUAUCUUCUUUUCAUACUUCUGCUACUGAGUCCAUUCUUUCAUGGCAGCUAUUCGAUGUUUUUCCUUCCAUCAGACAGAAUUACACCUCCAUUUUUCAUUUGGAACAAGCAAUUAUGCCAAUUGCUAGCAGGUCGUCUACUAUGCAUCCAUAUGUUGGAAGCCCAGAGCUAGAUCACAUCAUUGAGUCAUUUCAAGCAAACAUAAACUUUUGGUAUCCUGCAAUGUCAAAAAACAAAAGAAAUCAACUCCGAAAUUGUGUUUUGUUACGAAAAUUGGAGCAGCCUACAGCUUUAUCUGUAUUGGCUCUAUUGAUGAUGUCUCUGGGAUGCGCAAGUCAAUCAAUCAUAAAUAUUGCUGUCCCAAGGGAUCUGACAUCGGACGAACAUGAGUACUACAAGCAACGAAAACUAAUGGCAGAUAUCUGUUUUGAUGAAGUUCUGAAGAGACUGUACAUUCCUCAUACUGAAAUGAGUUCAACCGCCGUUCAAUGCCUCUUCUACACUGCGGUGUACUUUGCUUUUUCUCAGCGACCACUUCAGGCGUGGGAAUACAUCAACGCAACCGCUGCAAAAUGUCGACUGCUUUUAUCUUACCACUCACCUGGAGAAUCGGCCGAAGACGUUGAAUGUUUAAGGCGCAUCUUUUGGUCAUGUUAUAUUCUUGAGAGUGACUACCUUGCGGAGUUAUCUGGUCUCCCCGAGUCAGGUCUUGCAUCAAUUGAAUCAACUAUACCUCUACCAGGUAGUUACGAUACACACGAGUCACAAGUAGAUGAAGAACAUUCAUCACUUUAUUUUCUAGCAUGUAUUUCAAUGCGUCGACUUCUAAAUCGCGUUCACAAUCUUCUCUAUGCCAAGGAAACCGGAGCAAGUCUUGACGACGCACGAUUUCCUUUCAUUGUAGAGGAACUAGACCAUCAACUCGAAGAAUGGCGAGAUUUUCUACCCCCAGCUCUACAAUUUGUCGUUGAUACACAACCUGCUCAAGGUCAGCAUGCAGGAUUUCUGAGACAAAGAUAUCUGACAUGUAGAAGUGUUAUCUAUCGACCUUACUUGACUUGGGUUCUUACAAAUCAUCCUCAAGACAUAAACGUUGCACAAAACGUCCUUGAAAAGUGUCGAAAUUGUUUGGAUGCCUGUUUACUUCACAUAAUUAAUUUACGAGGAUUUGCACAUACUGUUAUGAUGGAUACUUGGAUAUGUUCUUUGUCAAUGACCGGCGCAAUGCUUGUACUCCUCGCCGCUUCCCGUCUUCCAUAUCUCCGUAAUCUCCUCGGCCAAGACGUCACAAACAUUGGAUCACAUCUUCAAACAUUAAUCAAAAGGUGGGUUCAGAUACCAGGGGAAAACAGAUCCCCCAGUAUUGAACAGAGUCUGAGGAUGAUUGGGGAGAUUGAUGUUUUUCUGCAUCAGGAGUUUGGGACGGAGAAAAAAGAUUAGGAACGGGUUGUGGAGUGUAACAUCCGCAGCUUUCUGGUGGGUUGUACUAUGUGGUGCUUGCUGAUGUAUCCAAGAUUCUACAUUGAGUCUUGCGGUAUGAUGAGCGGGAGUGGGUUGGAACUUUGAAAUUAUAUCCUGCGAAAUAGUAGAAGUUCGUUGUCAAGAUUAGUGCAUGGGAAAAUACCACUAGCAUUAUCACAUCAUCCAACUAAAGAGAUAGGAAAUUUUUUGUGGCACAUAAUAAACAGAUAUAAAGACCAUCAUCGAUGCAUCA